UACUAUAAGUGCUCUCUAUAGGAACUAUUGAGAUACUAUUUUACUUCAAAUAUUGUGAACUUUAUCUUUGUAUUACUAGAUAGCAGCUAUUUUAUACAAAGAAAAAGUAUGUAAGUAUAAUGUUAAUGUUACAGAAGAUAGGCACGUGUGUUUUUGUUAAAAAUGCAUUAAUGUUUUGUUAAGAACAUUGAUUUUUUCAUUUCACUUAUAUUACAAAAUAUAUUUUUACUCAAUAUAAAACAUUCACGCGUAUCAAGUGCAUGAAUAAAGAUGGAAUAUAAUGCCUUUCGAGAUUAUUGUAAAGCUGAAAAUAGUGAAGAUGAAGAAAUGAAUCAUGAUCUACAGUCACGAUUAUAUGCUGAAAUUUAUUAUAGUUCAAAUGAUAUAAAGAAUGUGGAUACAAAAACAAAUAUUAAAUUAGAAGAUAUUAAUAAUGAUGAUAAAACGCUUCAUAAAGAUACAAAUAGCAGUCAAAUUAGUGAUAUUCGUAUAAAAAAUGAUCCUGAUAAAAAAACUUGUCCAAUAAAUGAAUCAGCGAAUAAUUCAAUAUUAGUAGAAAAAGAUAAUAAACCAGAUGUUGCAUCUAUUUGCAUUAUAAAUGAAACUAAUCAAACAUUAUGUGAGGAUAUAAAUAACAAAAGUAAUUCAGAUGUAUCUCAUGUGAAAAUUUUAAAAGAAGAAAAUAUUGAACCUUUAAAAAAUAAUGAACAAGUAAUAACAUGUCAUAAAAUAGAACAUGAUGAAAAUAAUUCAGAUUAUGAAAACAUUCAUAAUAUUGAAAAAGUUACAAAUAUAAAACCAAAAUCAGAAAAUGAAAUCAAAGAAGAAUUAAAACCUUUACAAUGCUUAAAUAAUGAAGCAAUUGCAAAUCAAGAUACUCUACAUUCUACAAAAGAUAAUAUUGAAAAUAACAAUGAGAAAUGUCAUGAAAUUAUGAAUAAUGAAACAAAAAUUGAUAAUAUUUUUAAAAAAUAUGAAUUUUCCAAAUCAUUUAUUAAUAAUUUGUACUUAAAAAAAUAUGAAAAUCUAAAAAAAAGACUGCAAGAAAUAGAAGAAGAAAAACAAAAAAGUUUAAGAGAAAAUGAAUGUGUUAAAGAAAACAAAGAAAAUCAACAGCAAAUCAUUAUUGAGCAAGAGUUAUGUGCAAAAUCUAUAAAUGACGUAGAAGCGAAUACAAAAUAUGAAAUACUUAGUAGAUCUGACAAGUUACAAAAAAAAGCUAAUUUUUCAGAAGAAAUAACAUUGCUAUCGUCAGAUACAGAAAGUGAUUCUGAAGAAUCUAUUUUAGAAGUUCCUAUUCCACCAAAACCUCAACCACCUGUCAUAAAUUUACAAGAUUCAGAUGAAAAUUCUGAAACAUCAAGUGAUAAUAGUGAUAUAGAUGAAGAAUCUUCAUUUAUUAGAAAAAAAAAUGAUUUGGUAGGAAAUACCAAAAAAAAAACUGUUGUAAUUGACCAGAAUUCAGAUAAUAGUAAUUCAGUUAUAGAUUUUAUUGAUGAUACACCAACAAUAGAAAAUAUAGUGCUUAACUGUACAGAAGUACAGAAAGGUGCUUCAAGUAUAAAAGAAAUAAUGGAAAUGAGUAAAAUUGUUCAAUCAGAUCAACACUUUAACAAAGAUGCGAAUUCUUGUGAGAAACAUAAGUCUUCUAAUGAAAAAGAAAUUUAUAUUAAAGAUUUUAAUAAGUCUGAUGAUUUAUUCAUAUCUAACAAUGAUAAAGACAAUAAAUCUAAUUUUCAAUCACCAUCAAAAACAAUUAACGAUAAGAAUGUUAUGUAUGAAAGAGAUAAGAAAGAAGUAAAUAAUUUUGCAAAAGAUGUAAUAGUAUCAAAUUUUCUUAAUUCCAAAGAAUUGAGUUCAAGUAGAAAAAGACAUCAUGAAAAUGAUAGUGAACCUUCUACGAGUGAAAAUAAACGUUCUAAAUUAAGUUGUGAAGAAGAUAAUAAUAAAGAUAAAAAUAAUGAAGACUCAUGGGCAGAAUAUUUUUUUCGCCCUAUGUCACAAGAUCUUAAAGCUUUUUAUGAAUUCCAAGGACAGGAAAAUUUUGAUAUAGGAGAAAUUCAAAGUAAAAUGUCAAAGGACCCAAGACUUUGGGCUAUUUUAGAUGAAGACCUAAUGCCAAAUUUAUUAAAAAAUAAAAGAUAUUGGAAUAUAAAAUGUACUAAUUGUCAUCAACCAGGUCACCAAAAACAUAAUUGUCCAGAACCAUAUAAACCUCUUCGAUGUUAUAUGUGUGGUAUUCAAGGACAUAUAGAAACUCGAUGUCCUCAAAAAAUGUGUCUCACGUGUGGUAGAAAACAAAAUACAUUUAGAAAAACUUGUGAGUCUUGUGUUGUAUUAUAUUGUAACACGUGCAAUGCUAUAGGACAUGAAUCAACUGAAUGUCCAGAUCUUUGGAGAAGAUUUCAUCAAACAACACGAACAUCAGAGAUAAAUAUACCACAAAACUUAUCUGAAGUUAUGAAACCUGCAGACUUAUUGUAUUGCUGUAAUUGUACGAAACGAGGUCAUGAUUCUUCUACAUGUAAUGAAUAUCGAUGGUCACAACAUUUUCCGACACCAGCAUUUGUAUCAGAUUAUACAGGAAAACCAGAAGAAAAAUCCAGUCAAUCAGAACAAACAACUAAUCAAAUUUCUGUUCAUGGAAAUGAAGAUAUAAUACCAUUAACUAAUAAAAAAAAUAAAUGUAUGAUAUUUCUUGAAGGUAAAGAUGAUUUAGAAAAUUCUUUUGUUGUAUACUCAUAUGGAAAAUUUUAUACGAAAAAGCCUAAUGGCGAGGAAAUUAAACGAAAACUUUUGGGUGAACAAAUUCAACCUUCUCAUAUAACAAAUCUUUUAAAAGGUCGAGUUUCUCCACAUUUCUUGGAUGAAUUAAUAAAAAUAAUUCAAUUUGAAAUUAAAAUAUAUUAUAAUUCAAACAAAGAACUAAUGUUAAGAGUUCGUACUAUAGCAAAUAAUGCUGUAAAUAUAAUAAAAAUAUUCAUUUUUUGGCUUAAACUUAAUGAUGAAGACAAGAAUCUAAAGAUACAUAUAAAUUUACCUCGUAAUAGGAAGAAAUUACUUAAGUUUUUGAUACAAGAAAUAGGUGAAAUAAAAAGAAAUUUAAAAGAUCCUAAUCAUCUUUGUAGUGAAAUAGAUCAAUUAAAGAAAUCAAUGACUGAGAUUCAAGAUUCUGCAAUAUCGAUUUCUACUUCAAAAAAAAUCAUAAGCCUUCGAAGUGAAUUGUUAAAAGUGUUUCAUACAUUACCUAAUUAUAAUCAAUUAUUUAAAAAACUAAAAAAAAUGAUUAAAUAUUUAGACAGAUCACCAAACAAUGAUGUAAACAUAGGAAUAUAUUUACAUAUUAUUGCUAUUUAUAAUCAAAUAUUUGUACCUCGUGCAUUGACAGACAUUGAAAUAAAACGUCUUCUUAAAGUACAUUAUAAACAUAAAGAAAAACAAAUUAAAAAUGAAAAAAAGAAGAUUCAAACUAAAAAGCAAAAAGAUAAGAAACUUUCUUCUUAUGAAUCAUUCGUAGAAAGUUUACAAAAAUUUAAUUCUAAAAAAACAUGUAAUAUCACAAAAAAUAGUGAUGCAUGUUCAUCAAAAAAUAUUGAAAUAAAAGAUAAACAAGUACCUACUAUUCUUUCUGUAGAAAAUGUUCUGAUGAGUAAGAUGCAAAAUACAACAUAUAAUACAGAAAAUGUUUCUGUUAAAAUACAUAAUAUAGGAAAUAAUAUUACAGAAUCUGAUAAGCCUAUACAAUUACCACAUAAUCAGGAUAUUUCAAAUAAUAAUGAAAUAACAAAUUCUAUACAAAAAUCAGAUUUAAAAAUUAUUUCAUCAAAUUUAAUUCCUAUAACUCUUCAAAAAUCUAUAUGUACUAAUGUAACAUCAAGGACAUCUAAGAAUGUACCUUGUGCCAAAAUAAAACCUUCAGGAAAUACAGAGAAAAAUUUAGAAGUAAUGAAUAGUAAUAAUGAAAAAACAAAAACAAGUAAUUUACAACAAGAAGAUAAUAUAAUUGAUUCUGAAAUAAGUAUCCUCAAAAAGAAAAAAUCUAAGAAAACAAAAAAAGCAAAAUUAGAUCUUGAAAAUAAUUCAGAUGUUAUAGAAAAUCAAGUGGCAAAUGUUGGUACAUCUAUAGAGAAUAAAGCUAAUGAAAUUAUAAAUGAAGCUCUUGAAUUUAAUGUACCAUAUAUGAAUAAAGCUGUUGAAGAGAUUAAAAAAAGAAUAAAUGAUAAAAAUCUUAAACAAGAACAUAUUGAUACUUUAAUAAGAUUAGUAAAUUUGGAAAAAGAACACAGGAAAUAUGUAAGUUCAUUUUGUAAUUAUUUGCAAUAAAUUUUAUUUUUAAAAUAAGAAA